AUGUUAGGAAUAAUAUCAACAUUUCUAAGAUGGUCAAUAUCACCAGUGAUUUUCAUUUAUAAUUUGCUUCAUGCUAUAAUUUCUCAUACAAUAAUCAUUCCAUUAAAACUAUUUUUCAAAAUAUCCAUAUAUAUACCAUUUUUGAAAAUCCCCGUUAUAGUUCCAUUAAUAUAUCUUUUAGAAUUACAUGAGAUAAAAGAUACUAAAUGGAUUUUAACACAAAUUGAAUUAUUUUCAAUUACAACUUUGCAUUUUUUGAUUGUUUGUAUCAUUUUGGGUGGUAUUGUAGGUACAAUUGCGGGGAUAAACAUGAGUGCCAUUUCAAUUGUUUUAUCAGGGGAACCACUUGUAUCGACACCAGCUGCAACUACUGCUACUACUACGACUGGUACAUUGGGUAAACCAAGUGUAAAGACUAUAGGUGUUGAUAAGAGUAAAUUAGAACAAGUGUGGGAGAAAUCAAUUGCAACUGGAGUUGGCAAUGAAAAUGAAGGAUUAGGGAUUAAGAAAAAACUUGAAGAAGUCAUAAUUCCUGACAUAUUACCGAAUUUAUCCAAAUCACGAAUUCAAUUGAAAUUAAAACAACAGCAACAACAACAACAACAGAUACAAAAGUUGAAAGAACAACAAGGAAUGACUCUUCGAAAUCCAGAAUUCAAUGACACACAAAAACUUAGGAAUGAAAAGAUCAACAUUAGCGAUGAACUUGGUGGUGUUGAUAACAAUGACAACAACAACAACAAUGAAAUCCAUGAUAUAGAUGAUAUUGAAAGCACGGGGAUCGAAGUUGUUGGUUUGGAAGAUGAUGGUUAUGCAUAUACAGGAGGAUUGAGAAAUCGUAAUCAGUAUCAAUAUAAUACCCAUCUUCAAAAAUCAGAUAAAAAUGCAUCAAAACAAAAGAUAACUGCCAGAGCAUCUGGUCAUGAAUCAUUGAAUCUGCCACAGAUAGUAUCUUCAACAACAGGUAGAAAGUUAAAAGACGUGAAUGAUGAAUCAAGUACUGAUUCCAAAACAGUAAAGUUUGCCGAAGAUUUGGUACAGGAGCAACCAAUUGGAACCCUGCUGAGUCAGAGAAAGGCACCAACCGUAACAUUCCAAGAAGAACAGACAGAAAAAGAACAAAGAAAUCAAUUAAGAGGUGUUAAUAUUUUACAAGAAAAUGAGGAAGUUAGUAGUACUGAUGAAGGAGCAUUAUCUAAUAUACCCGAGGAAACAGAAACAGAAACCGAAACCGAGAAUGAAACUGGAACAGAAACAGAAGAAAUUGAAGAUCAUAUGUUUACUCAAGGUGAAAGUGUGACAGAAGAUACUCUGUUGUACUGA